GCGGGAAAAGGGAAAAUGCAACAAAAUAAUAAAGUGCAAAUCUCCACAAAAAAGAAAUUGGAUCGAUUAGCUGUCUCUGUUGUGUUUGUUCUAAUGGACAAAUUCUUGGUUCCUUCCAAACCCUCAACUGAAAGCCCUAAACCCAAGCCAAGAUGUCGUCCAUGGCAAAGAAGCAUACUCGAAUUGAACGGAAAGUUCGAUCCUAAGUACCGCCACGACCUCUUUGGCCUCCUCAUGCAUUCUUAUUCCGAGAUUGGGGCAUUUCCGCAUUUUUAUCACAUUGAUGGAAAGCCGUGUCAAACCCAUAUUAAUCGGAUAAACAAUGCUGUGAAUUCAGGUGGCCAACUUCCAUUCAGAAUGCAAGGAAUAUCUGCAGUUGACUUUGACAACAAGGGAAUUUACUUGGUGGCUGUAACAAAAUCAGGGUGCUUAACAGUGCAUGACUUUGAGACUCUAUAUUGCCAAAGUAAUGAUUCACUGCCACGCUUAACCGAAGAUGAAAGUAAGCACUUACUGCACCUCUAUUUGCGACAACAACUUGAUGUUGUUCGGUGGAAUCUUGCUAACCAAGAUGAGGUUGCUUGUACUUCUGUGAAAAGUAAUGAAGUACUGAUCUUUGAUAUUGGUUACAUCUCUUCUAAACCAGUUGAGGUGUUAAGAACGAGACGCUCUCUCUCUGUUCUUGGUUCUGAAGUCUAUAAGGGUCUAUGUGAUAUAGCUUUUACGGCAACUGAUGAUUCAAGGUUGAUUGCUUCCGACACGCAUGGCAUAAUCAAUAUAUGGGAUAGAAGAAAAAGUGUUCUUCCUUGCCUCGAGCUUAUAACUGGUUCCUGUAGCACCCUCAAUACUAUCCAACCGCAUGUGGAAAAUCAGACAAUUUUUGGUGCUAGUAAGGAUGGGAAUAUAUAUAUGUGGGAUCUUCGUGGAGGAAGAACAGCUGCUGCUUUUCAAUGUCAUAAUGAGGCAGGUCAUCCACCUCUAAUAUCUUUGAAGUUAGCAACAAUGCUGGAAAAGAUUGGAUCUUUAAAGGCACAAUCAGAUAUUGUUCCAAAGGAAAUACACUCCAUUGAUCUUGAUCCUUCUUGUCCAUAUCAAUUGGCAUUCCAUCUAGAUGAUGGAUGGUCAGGUGUUUUGGAUAUUUAUAAUUUAAGAGUUACACAUGUUCAUUGCCCUCCUCCAGCUUGGUUAAAUGGAGCCAGCAUAUCAGCUGAUCUACUAUACUUGAGAAAACCAUCAUGGCUGCCAACAUCUUCUAUUUACGCGGUCGGAUCAUCAUCUGACAGUGGCAUUCAUAUUUUAGAUUUUUAUCCAGAUACCAGCUCUCCCAGCCAUGUGGACUACAAGGAGGAUCUGCAGAGUUUGUCCAAGAUGAACUAUCAACGGAAGCAAAAUAUUUUUGUUCCAUUGUCUGAAGGUGUAACCACAUGUGCAAGUCAUCCCCUUAAUGGUACCAUUGUAGCUGGGACGAAGCAUUCAUCUUUGCUUGUCGUUUCUCAACCACGCCAGUCAUUCUGAGGCAGAAAUUUGUGUAAGCGACAGGAAAGGCCAUCUGAAGUUAGGAAACAGGAGUUUUUCCCUACAGCAUGCCAAAGAGUCCCGAGGCAAAAAAGCAUUGAAGCUGGUAACUCAGAACUGUUUGAUUGGAGUCUAUCAGUUUCAAAUAUAGGAUCUUGAGAUCAAGUGCAGGGAAUGAUUUUGCUGUAUGGAGGAUUCUUCAUUAACAGGUUUGUUUUAAAAGACAAGCUCUGCUGUAUUAUUGUCAAUCUUUUUCUGGCACUUGAUUUGUAUAAUUGUAUAAUGAAUAGAUUGCAAGUAGCUCUUGUUUCGUUAUAGAGUAGAUUAGAUUCACCAGGAUUCCUGUCUCUACAGUUUUGAUCUUCCUAAAGAUGCUGUAUUUGUAUCAAUAUACGCCAAAUUAGUUUGGGACCCUAGCCA